GCUUCCGUAGCGAGCAGCGGCGGCAUGUGGAGGCCGGGAGCGGGCGGCGCGGUGCGCGCCGUGCAGUGGGCGGCGGCGGCGGGGCUGUGGAAUGGAGGUCCUGGGUGCGCCCCGCUGGCGGGGGCAGCCGCCACCGGCCGCAGCGGGACGCAAUUGCAAUAUGCCUCAGAGGUAAAGAGCAAGGCUGUUCACUUCAUGAAUUUAAGAAAUGCAGGAACUCUGAAUGACCCAAGCUCUUUAGAUGAGACCACUUAUGAAAAACUGGCUGAAGAAACACUGGACUCCUUGGCAGAUUUCUUUGAGGAUCUAACAGACAAGCCUUUUACCCCAGAAGAUUAUGAUGUCUCUUUAGGGAGUGGAGUUCUAACAGUUAAAUUGGGUGGAGACAUGGGAACAUAUGUAAUCAAUAAGCAAACACCAAACCGGCAGAUUUGGCUGUCGUCACCCACGAGUGGACCCAAGCGGUACGACUGGACUGGACGGAACUGGGUGUAUUCUCAUGACAGAGUAUCCCUUCAUGAACUACUAUCAAAAGAAUUUUCAACAGCUUUAAAAACUAAAUUGGAUUUGUCCUGUUUAAUAUAUUCUGGGAAAGAAGAUACUUGAUGAUAUUCUACCUCAUGGAAUUUUAAUGACUUCAACCACAAGCCAAGUCUUUCCUUCGUUUCUGAAGUACCUGAGCUUAAUUCUUGACUUGUUUUUCUUGACUUCACUAUGUUGUGCAACAGAAAAGAAAACAACACAUUUUUCUCUAGUGCUCAGUCUUUGGGUUUCUGCUCAGUUUCUUGGGUGUCACCGCUUGAAUCUGUGUCCAUGUAGUACAGGUUGUUAAAGUCUCCCUUCCUGUCCUUGCAUUUCUUACUUUGCUGCUGCAGAAGUGAGUCAUGAAUUUUUACUGCUGUAGUCUUGUUUGGACUAAGCCACCUGGAGUGCACAAGUGCUGAAAUACUGAUAGUGAGACAUUCAGCCAAAAAAGAAGUGAGUGCAAAUCAAACUGACUUAAGUUGUGGUACUGUGACUACAUUGUUUAAAAUCUGUGGCUAUAGUGAGUGAAUAACACAUCAAAGUUGAAUCAAACAUGCUACUAACAAAAUUACUCUGGCAGAUGGAAACUUUUCUUGUUUAACGCAAUGUUAAUAAGAGUUCUCCUCUCAGUAUUGCAGAACUUGCUUUCUCCAAAUUCUAAAUUGUAGCUCUUUCACAUUAGGAUAUUUUGAGGUGACCUCUAAAUUACUCUGGUCAUAAUGAUCAUAGGAAACUGCUUGUAUGAGAUGUUUAAGCCGUGCAGUAUCUCUGCAAACACUUCAUUCUAUUACUGUGGAUUUUUUAAUGUUUUCUUCGGAGAGUGAAGCUACAUAAUUUAUUGACUUUUUAAAAAUGUUGGUUUAGCUGAGCAAAAUCAAGAUCCUCUCAUGGUAGCAAAAUUUGCACUGUUGGUUCUGAUGCAUGUCUUAAGUGAGUGGGCUUAGAAUAUAUUUUUUCACCAUGACAUAGUAAGGUUUCCCUUAGUACUAUGUUGAUACACAAACUUUAGCCUUUUUGCUUUUUUGAAUUUAGUAUGAUACUUAGUUAUUUUUUCACUCUGUCAAAAAAUUAGAAUAAAUUAGAAUAAAAUCCAGAUCUUAAACCAAAAACUUUUAAGUCAUGAACUGGAAGAGGAACGCUUUUGAACAGUUGCAUUGUUACCACCAGUGGUUUUUAACUGCCUCCAAAAUAAAAGCACAAAGUUGUUGACCUACUCCUGAGGAAAUGGUUACACCAUACUCAUACAAAUUGUUCUGUCAGCAUAUGAAAAGAUGUUCAAUGCAAAAUGCUUUUCUUCUUGGUUUCUCUGAUGCUUGUGGUUAGUUUGGCAUGAUUGGCUAACUAGAAUUUUUAGAGAUGCGAUUGAUUUUGUCAUUGAAAAACAAUAGCUGUAUAGUACCGUUGCCCAGGAUUACCAUUUCUAGUAUGAGCGUUGUUACCUACUAUUUCCCACCAUUAAAUAAAUAGUAAUAUUUUACUGGAAGGAGUUCUUGGUUAAUUGUGCACACUGGUAGCAUGCUUUUUAAUCACAAUUUCAAAAUGACAAAUUUUGAAAUUGUCAACUCUGAAAUUUUAACUCUUUUGGAUGAGGUAAAUACAAUAACUGCCAGCUCCCAUGAGUACAAGAAUAUAAGCCUUGGGGGAGGGGGGAGCUUGCUGAUUUUUGUUUUGGUUUGUCUUUGUUUUUGUUUUUGUUUUUUUUAAAAGAAAAGGUAAAAACAGAACAUCUAGUUACCAUUUUGAACAUAGAACAAUGUAAACAAUUUACAGCAUAAGGCAAAUGGUAUUGUUCAGCUCAAUCUCGUAAUAGUCCAAACAACUAUUUGAGCAGGUAUGUAUAGAAGUUAAUGACUUGGUAUUUGGGACGACUUGAUAUCCUCAUUCUGAUCAAGUAUAGGUUAGAUAAUUAUUUUCCUGAUUUACUUUUCCAAAAAUUAUUUUCUUAAAUAAUUUGCAUGCAGCGUGUUUGCUAACAUACAUCUCAUUCAUAUUUGGAGACUCUUCAUUGCCUUAUGUCUCAUGCAAAUAUUUAUACCUCAGUAAAGUUGCACGUGGAAUUCUUAAUUCAC